UUCAGCACCRGAGCUGUUCGUUGCUUGCUUUGGUGGGGACUCAGAAUUGCGUCCACUGCUACUGCUGCUGGGAGCAUAAACUGCUGUGCCAUCCAUAUCCCCCCUCCUCCCCGGCUCUUCCCCCACCCCCACCCCCCCUGCGGGGCUGCAGACGGGCCGAGCAAAGACUUCAUCUGAGCAAAGUGUUGCCAUGCUGGACGGCCGGGAUUGAGGAUAAAGUCUCCAGUAAGUCUCGGUGAACACCAGUCUCUACGCCAUGGGAGUGCUCAUGUCAAAAAAACAGCAGGUGGAGAAGGUCCAGAAAUGCAGCGCCGUCGUCUCGGCCUUCCAGGCAGGCCUGAAGGACCGCCCGGCCAAGCAGGUGGAAGGAGAGUCAGAGGAACACGAAGGGCCCGCCAAAUCCUCGGGCGACUCCACCGAGAAAACCACCGAGGACGUGAAGCAGGAGGAGACGGAAAACAGCGGCGGCCCGUCGACCUCCCAGCAGGCUCCAGCUCCGGUCAGGGACGAAUGCAAAGUCAACCAGGAGGCCUGGUCGAGGUUACGGGACGGCAAGGGGGUGGAGCCUGAGGACCUGGACAAGAGCCAUCAGCUCACGCCUCCUGCUUUUGUGCGACCGAAACGAGAACCUGAUGAUGACCAGCCUGUUGAGGUGGAACUGAACACGAAAGAGCAGCCRCCCAGCGACGAGAUGUGUGACGUGUGCGAGGUGUGGACGGCCGAUGACUUGUACCCGUGUAAGAUUUGCACACGGGUGUUCCAUGACGGCUGUCUGCGGGAGCUGGGCUACCUGCGUGCCGAGGCCUUGCAGGAGAUGAGAGAUACAGCCCACAAUGUCACCGGCUGGAGCUGCUACUAUUGUGACAAUGUGAAUCUUCUCCUAACAGAGGAAGAGAUGUACAGUCUAAUGGAGACAUUCAAACAGUGCAAAAUCAUCCCAGAGUCGUGCCUGGUGUCGGACGAGCUGCUGCAGUACCGCCACUUUGUAUCCAAGCAGCAGUUUGAUAAGGACCUGAGUGAUGAGCAGGAGGAGGAGGUCUUGGCCCAAUUUGCUUCUUUGGAUCCUGAGAAGAAGGGUCACAUUGAGUGGUCAGACUUCCUCUACUUUGAGUCUCUGGCUGUUUUGAGGAAGUUUCGCUCCGAGAACUCACUGGUGCGUCUACUGACCGCAAAGGAAAGAGACAAGGCGAGGUCAGUUUUCCUUGGCCUGGAUAAAAAUGGUGUGAUCACAAGAGCAGAAAGCCGCCAGGCCCAGCAGUCCUGGUUCCACAAACUCAAAGACUCUCAGUCCUGCAAUGUGAGUAUAAGUCAUGUUGGGCCCAUAUGUGAAAGCAGCCCAGCCAGUUCUGACAGCGAAAGGAGCAAGACUGAUGAAAGCAGGCCGGUGACCUGGGCAGACUUUUUAAGGGAGAGUGCCAUCUACAUCCUGGCUGCCCGACCCAAUAGUUCUGCCAUGCACGUCCGGUUGCCCCUAUAGUCCCGAGAUCCUCUGCUGCAGCCUGCGGAGAGAGGAAGAUUUCACAGAGGAGCGGGGGGUGGAAGACAAGUCGUGUUGAUGUGAUGUCUGAGGGCUGAAACUGAAGAAACUGGCUGAACAAGCUGAGGAGGAGAAGAAGGAAAAAUGAACAGAGACUCUGCCUCUUUCUGUGUCACUUCAACACCAAAACACGGGCAGCACACGACACGUUUGACAGACAUGAGUGACGGCAGCUGUCAUAGGUCCAAACUUUGAGAGUUUCCAAUUUACAGCUUGUAGGAAAUCUGAUGGGAUAAACUCCAUCCCACUCACAAUUAGGAACUGAUAUGUCUGAAAAUCUGGGCAUCUUCACAGGCAGAGAAAAAACCCAGGUUGCUGCCGUGUAAGCUCCAACUACACACCUUUCUAAGUGGGUGCAUUGGUGUGACAGCUAUUGCUAUUUUAAGUAUUCAUCACUAUGGGCUUUAUCAUGUGGUAUUUAAACUCAAUGACACUAUAUCAGAAUUGUGUUUCACAAUAAUCAUUUUCAUCACACUGCUGCACAGWGCCCCUUGCAAAUCCAUGCUAUUCACAGAACUGCUAUACACACCUGUAUAAGUUAAGAACAUUAAACAGCUGUAUUUAUUCCUGUAUCUUAUAAUGUAUCCUCGGUUUCUCCCACUUUCACCGACAAGUCUGUGUUCUUCUAAAYGACUAACCGUGAAAAAGAAGUGAGCAYUGAUGAACGUUAACCCUGUAAGUGAAAUGUAUAUAUCCUACCGUAUAGUGCAUAUCGCUCCAGUUGUGCUCUCAGAGUUGCACUAAGACAAGGUUAGAACCAAUCGCUUAUCCUGUUCCAGUCACAUUAUUUGCACUGUGAGAAAUGAAUGAGUUGCAGUUUAACUAUUGUUUGGCGUAAUCACUGUAAUGAGUUACCGAAGGAAAGUGUAACCUGAAACUUGCAUUGGUUUUCUUUGCUGCUGAGCAGAAACACGUUAAAUGUUUCUAAGAAAAGCUGUAUAAUCAGGUAAUGGAURAGGUUACAGAGUGUAAAUGAAAAUUCCCUUUAAACCACUGGCCAUUGUGUAGUGUUUUUGGAGGUUUUAUUUAAUAUAAAUGAUAAAAAGUGAACUGAAACGUGUUAGUCRGAGAGAUAUGUCGAUGUUGAAAUAAACACUAGGCAUUUACACUUGUUCAGAA